AUGGCUAACCCACGCGAAUCGCAGACCAGAUUGGUCUCCACAUUACGACUCCUGAUCCCCCGAUUGCGCCUUCUACAAAAGAAAGAUACAGCCUCUUCAGUUGUCCAGCGUCGCGAGCUCUCCCAACUCCUCGGUGAAGGGCGUGAUGCAUCAGCGCGCAUCCGAGUCGAGAAUGUCAUCGCUACAGAUGUUGCAGUGGAAGUGAUGGAGAUGGUCGAACUCUACUGUGAACUACUACUAGCGCGCGCCAACGUGCUGGACCAACUGGCCUUCGGCGAACAAGGCACCCGCGCCCGCCAGCGCGCAAAGGAGCAAUUAAAGAAACGCACCCAGGCACAAGCGGCGGCCGCAGGAACAGCUACGGCGACAAAGGGCGCUAGCGAGAGCACCGGUUCGCGAUUCGGGUUCGGUUGGCUAGGCGGUGGAUCGCAGAAGAAAGAAGCCGAGCGGGCUAGUGCAUCCAUUGCUGGACUCGCAGAGGAUGGGGACGCUGGUACAGACGAGGAUAAUCCCUACUUGGACACUGCACUCGAUGAGGCCGCUGUCGUGGUGUUCUACGCGUGGAACCGCUUCCCGCACGAGGUGCGCGAGUUCACGAUGCUUCGCACUAUGCUAGACGAGCGAUAUGGCAAGGAGUUCCGUAUGCUGGCAACAGAGAACAAAGUUGACGGGGUUACUGUUCCUGAUCGGCUUCUCAAGAGCUUGCGCGUGCGCCCGCCUGGGCAGGAACUUGUGGAGAGCUACCUCAGAGAGAUCGCAAGGGCAUACGGCGUGGAUUGGCAUGGGCUCAAUGAGGAGACACCGGAGCUUGGAAGCGCACCCGAGUUUGUUGACGAUGUCGAGCCUGAGUUACCUCAAACGCCCGGCAAGCAGGGAGAGCCGGAUUUUUCUGAGGCCCGACGGGCAUCGGAGACGAGUGAAUUGAAUAAGGCGACGCCCCCGCGGGGACUCGCAGCUGGGCGCAGCCCUGUCAGUGUUGCACCCCCAGCUCCCAGGACUGAUAACCCAAACCCUCGAGUCAAGGUCCCCGGGACGGAUGACAAGGUUAAUGUUUCAAAUAACGAGACAGCGGGCGGUGCACCUAAGAAGACUAAUAAUGGGAUCCCUGAGCUGGAUGAGUUAACGCGGCGGUUUGCAGACUUGAAAAGGAAGCCCUGA